UUGUCCUCUACCCUUCUCUUUCUCCUCCCUUUACCUUAUCUCCUGUACUAGUGCUUGCCAAGUCCCAGGUGUCCACACACUGUAGAACGUCAGGGAGCUGGCAGACUCUGGACCUGUAAUUACCAAAGGUUGUCUGGGGACACAUAAUAUGCAGGUCCCUUCAUUUUGCCUCUUUUGUCUAAAAAUGAAAUUCUAGUAAGCGUCACUUUCGGUGUCGUUACUUUCAAUGAGUGAGUCAUUCCGAAUUUGAAGCCUCUACCUCUUCGUGUGAGAAUUAGUAAAAUGAGGAACACUAAACCAUUUUAAUUUGGAACAGAAAGACCCUAUGAAAACUGAGGUGUUGCUGCUGGAAUUGGUAAAAACACAACUUAAACCUUCUUUUUAGGAAGUUUUGAGACCAAAGACCAUAAUAAAGCACACUUAGGAGCUUGCUUCAAGAGAAUGUUGUCCCUAAUCCACACGUCUCCUUACUACUUUUUCGUGUGCCUUUAUAAACUCCUUCACCAUCUGACCAAGACGUUUCCUAAUGACCAGUGCCAACAAUUUGGCUUUAUCCCAUUCUCAUUUCAUAAGCAAUGAAUGGUACGGCUGCAACACCAUGAAAUUAAUUCCUAGAAGUCACAAAACAAGAUUUUGACAUGGUAACUCACUUAACGUUCCCUUCUGGAUAAGAUACCGGAGGCCUUGGUGCAGGGAAUUCUUGAGAGAAAACAAUAGGAGGAUGAGGGAUUGUGACGGGCUUUCUCCCCCACUGAAGAAAAACAUCAAUAACCCUGUUGACAGCGUAAAGCGGUGCUUCUAUCUGGGGUCAAGGCCAGAACAAUGGACACCUUAUCCCACUCAUCCUCUUCCUCUGAUAAAGCCCCAACCAGUACUGUAAAGUCUUUUUUCGUAAGAGCCUAGUGACCUUUUUCAAAAAGUGCUUGAAAAAGAAGAGACGAAGGACAACUGGAAUUAAGAGGAUUUCCAGUCUGUUGCGGUGGCUGGUCUAGAAGGAUGUCUCAAUUCCUGCUUCUCACCUGCGUCUUUCUCACCAUCACACCUGCAUCACCAAUGGCCCUAGAUCCCUGCUCUGCUUACAUCAGUUUGAAUGAGCCAUGGAGGAACACCGACCACCAGUUUGAUGAGUCUCAAGGCGCCCCUCUAUGUGACAAUCACGUGGAUGGGGAGUGGUAUCGCUUCACAGGCAUGGCAGGGGAUGCCAUGCCCACCUUCUGCAUACCUGAAAACCACUGUGGAACCCAUGCACCUGUCUGGCUCAAUGGUAGCCACCCUCUAGAAGGUGAUGGCAUCGUGCAACGCCAGGCCUGCGCAAGCUUCAGUGGGAACUGCUGCCUCUGGAACACCACGGUGGAGGUCAAGGCUUGUCCGGGUGGCUACUAUGUAUAUCGUCUGACCAAGCCCAGUGUCUGCUUUCAUGCCUACUGUGGUCAUUUUUAUGACAUCUGUGAUGAGGACUGCCACGGCAGCUGCUUGGACACCAGUGAAUGCACGUGCUCUCCGGGAACUGUGCUAGGUCCUGACAGGCAGACAUGCUUCGAUGAAAAUGAAUGUGAGCAAAACAAUGGUGGCUGCAGUGAGAUCUGUGUAAAUCUGAAAAAUUCAUAUCGCUGUGACUGUGGGGUUGGUCGUGUGCUAAGAAGUGAUGGCAAGACAUGUGAAGACAUUGAAGGAUGCCACAAUAACAAUGGUGGCUGCAGCCAUCUUUGCCUGGUGUCUGAGAAGGGCUAUCAGUGUGAAUGUCCCCGGGGCUUGGUGCUGUCUGAGGAUAACCACACAUGCCAAGUCCCCGUGUUGUGCAGGUCAAAUACCAUUGAAGUGAGCAUCCCCAGGGACCUGGUUGGCGGUCUGGAGCUCUUCCUGACCAACACCUCCUGCCGAGGAGUGUCCAACGGCACCCACGUCAACAUCCUCUUCUCCCUCAAGACGUGUGGCACAGUGGUCAAUGUGGUAAAUGACAAGAUCGUGGCAAGCAACCUUGUGACAGGUCUACCCAAGCAGACCCCAGGGAGCAGCGGGGACAUCAUCAUCCGAACCAGCAAACUGCUGAUCCCAGUGACCUGCGAGUUUCCACGCCUGUAUACCAUUUCAGAAGGCUAUGUUCCUAACCUUCGAAAUACCCCACUGGAAAUCAUGGGCCGCAGUCAUGGAAUCUUCCCAUUCACUCUGGAGAUCUUCAAGGACAAUGAGUUUGAAGAGCCUUACCGGGAAGCUUUGCCCACCCUCAAGCUUCGAGACUCCCUCUACUUUGGCAUUGAGCCUGUCGUGCACGUGAAUGGCUUAGAAAGCCUAGUGGAGAGCUGCUUUGCCACCCCCACCUCCAAGAUCGAUGAGAUCCUGAAGUACUACCUCAUCCAGGAUGGCUGUGUUUCAGAUGACUCAGUGAAGCAGUACACAUCACGAGACCACUUAGCAAAGCACUUUCAGGUUCCUGUCUUCAAGUUUGUGGGCAAAGACCACAAGGAAGUGUUUCUGCACUGCCAGGUCCUUGUCUGUGGAAGGCUGGACGAGCAUUCUCGCUGUGCUCAGGGCUGCCACCGGCGAAUGCGUCGUGAGGCAGUAGAGGGAGAGGAUACAGCUGGUCUGCAGAGCCAGAUGCUGACUGGCGGCCCGAUCAGCAUCGACUGGGAGGACUAGGACCACCCAACACCCGAGUGCUGGCUUUGGGCCACCCACCUCUUUGGAACUUCUCCCUACGCCCUCUGAGAGCACCAAUCAACACCCUAGAACAUGGCGCUUCUUUGAACCUUAUACUGUGGGUUUAGACAGACUCCCGGAACUGACUCAUUCUGACUCCGGCUGCUGGGUCAGGAAAGGUCACCUCACUGCUGACUGAUCCAACCCACGGGCUUCAUCUUCCCAACGUCGAAAGCUAUGCUGUCCCUGCAAGAAAGCAGCUCACCCUGCUCCCCACAUUUCCUUCCUACAAUAAAACACCUCGUGUAGGAUGCAAUAGGACCACUAAGAUCAAAAGUCGGGCAUGCUCUUCUGAAGUAUAAACUUAAAACAAAUUAAAUGGUUGCUUGAAAUUAUGACCUAAAUACCCAGCAACUCCUUAAAUAUGUAAAUAAUAAUCAUUCCCUGAAAUUUCAACUCAAACGCAGAGUAGUUAUAGGAGAUUCGGAAGUUUAUCAAUAUAAGUGUGUACUAAAAAAUAUUAUUUGAUUUUCCUCUUGCACAGUGUUUUCUUUUGAUGUUUUUAUAUUACGCGAAAUGUUUUCAAUUAAUAAAUAUUAAUAAAUGUAUCGACAUGCA